UUCGGGCCCAUGUUGCCCCCCGCGCAACGACCGCCCGAGGCCCCGCACCUUUUCCUCUGCCGGCGCCCAUCCCUCCCCCGCCUCCCGUCUGCCGUCGCGCGCCCGUGGCCGCCGUGCGACGCGGCUCGAGAGAGGGAGAGCACUGAGGCGACUCCGCCAUGUUGCGAUGUCUAGAUGGAUGCGCGGCGGGGCUGCGACCGCGCACGGCGCCCGCGGCGGCCAGGGAGGAGCAGCUUGGGGAGCGGCAGGCGCUGCAGGACCCCAAGCUGGCGGCGGCUGCCGAGGUCGCUGAGGAGGUCAAUGAGCAGAGGGACGAAGCAGCCGACCUCGAGCUCCUGGAGAGAUACAGCAUGCUGCGGGCCGAAGGGAGAUUCGAGGAGGCCACGAGCAUGUUCUCGAAGGACGCCCGGUGGGUGACGCUCUACAAGACGUCGCUGGAAGGCAGCGAGGAAAUCGGGAGGUGGAUGAACCGCGAGAAGGAGAAGGGCCGCGCGAACCUCACGGAGGGGCAGUGGCACGUGGACGGGGACAAGUACAGCAGAGAGCUGACCACCAAGUUCCCGCGCGGUGGCCUGCACGAGGUUAUCCAGUCGGCGGUGAUCUCGAGAGGCUGUAUCAAGGAGGUGUCGAUCACGCCGAAGUGGCAGGCCCACGCCCUCGUCAUCGACUUCGCCCUCGCGCGGGAGCGGGGGGACGACCAGGCGGCCCUGGACAAAAUGGCCCCGAACGUGGUCUGGAAGACGUGGGACAACGCCGAGAUCGCUGGCAAGGCCGCCGUCUCGGAGCUCAUGGCCGAGCAGAGGCGGCACGGCGAGAGGCGGGACGGCACGUCCGACUUCGAGGCGCUGGGGGAGGUGAGCGACGAGCUGGGGAUCUUCGAGCGCGCCAUGGACAUCCAGCGGUCCGACGGCGUGCGGGUGUGCGGCACGCAGACGCUCACGCGCGCGGCCAUGGCGAGCGGCGGCGGCGGCGGCGCCCCCGCCCCGCCCGCCGAGGCGGCGGCGGGCCCCACGGGCGGCGCCGAGCCGCUGAGGUCCGUCACCGUGGGCAGCGCGUGCUCCAGGGCAGCCACCGCGGAGGCCAUACUGGGCAGCAUCCUGCCCAACGUGGGCCAGGCGGUGCUCGGCCGCCUGCGGCAGGAGAAGGUGAGGACGGCCGAGGACCUCUGCGGGCUGGACAAGGGCGACCUGGCCCAGCUCGGCUUCAAGAUGGUGGAGCGGAGCCGCGUGCUUCGCUGGGCGCGCUCGUUCGACCCGUCCGCCCAGGCGCGCACGCCGAUCUCGGCGAGCCGCUGGCGGGGCGAGUCAGGGGACCCCGCUCAGCCCCCGCGCGACCCCGCCGGCCAGCCCUGCGGCGGGCCACGCCGGCAGCGGGGAACUCGGCCGCAGCCUCGAGGCGGAGCGCGACAGGCCGACGCCUCGCCUCGAGGAGGCCGACGACGUCGAGAGCCAGGCCGAGUUCUGGUGCGGCCUGGCGGUGGAGCUCGGCUGGAGGCUGGACGACGAGAGCGCCUCGGGGGCCGACCUGGACGUUCUCGAGGCCCUGUUCGACCUGAGCGCUGA